GGCGGCGCGGAGGAUGAAGUGGAGCGUGCGGGGAGCCUGCGCCGCGCUCUCCAGCUGCCUCCUGCUCGCCUGCGCCCUCAGCGCCGCCGCCGUGGGCCUCAAGUGCUUCUCGCUGGGCUCGGAGCUCAAGGGAGAGCCCUUCCGCCUGGGCACCGCCGCCGGCGCCUUCUACUCGGGGCUGCUGCUCGCCGCCGGCCUCUCGCUGCUCGCCGCCGCGCUGCUCUGCUGCCGCCCGCCCGACGAGGCGCCCGCGGCGGCGGCGGCGGGCAGCGGCGGCGGCGGCGGCGGCGACGGGGAGGCGGCAGCGGCCGCACCGUCGGGGCCGGGGGAGAAGGCGCCGCCCGGGGGGCGGCAGAACUUCCUGCUGCUGGGGGUGCUGGUGUUCAUGCUGGGCGUGCUGAGCGCCUUCGCCGGCGCCGUCAUCGACGGCGACACCGUGUCGCUGGUGGAGAGGAAGUACUCGCACUACUGCCUGCUGCAGCCCGGCGGCGCGGCCCGCCCGCGGAGCGGCUCUGCCGGCCCCGACGGCUCCGUGGCGGCGCUCCGCUGCCAGAAGCUGCGGGACUACCAGCGCGGCUUGGUGCUCUCCACCGUCUUCAACGCGCUGGAGUGCCUCCUAGGGCUGCUCAACCUGCUCCUCGUCAAGAACUACAAGGCGUCGCAGCAGCGCGGGCGGCGGCGGCGGCGGCGGCGGGCGGCGGCGGCGGCGGCGGCCCCGGCGGGCGGACGGCGGCGGCGGCGUCGCGGCGGCGGCCCCGGCGGGCGGCGGGCGCCGCGGCACAGCCAGGGCUCGCUCUUCUCCGGCGGCGAGCCCGAGCUGGUCCCGGGCGACUGCCCCUUCCAGGCCGUCUCCUACAUCAACGUGGGCGUCUUCCACGUCUUCGACGAGGCCGGCGUGGAGGUGCACUGCGGCGGCCACCCCUCCGUCGAGCUGCCCGGCUACUCGCCCAUGGACCCCGAGCUCAACGCCUCCUACCCGUACUGCUACCCGCUGCCCAGCGAGCAGCCCCCCGCCUAUGAGGAGAUCUACCCCGCGGAGCCCGGCGCCCGCGGCACCUAGCGCCGGCGGGACGGCACCGGACGGGACGCGACGGGACGCGCCGCGGGG